AUGGCCCAGCAGGGAAUCCCAAAUGCCGACUCAGUUACUUCGAUCGGGGACUCUAUUCCAAUGGUCACAUUACCCUCACACUUGACUGCAAAUGCAUCUCCUAGCGAUGCGUCCCAGAACACAAGCGGAGCGACUAUGCAUCCAUCAGCAAUCUCACAGGCACCUCCCACCGGCGGUUCCCCCGCCGAUGUCUCUCCGGAUGCUUCGCAGGGUCCCAACCCAACUCCGCCCCUUGCUGACAGCCCAGAUGCUGCUCUGGACCCUGCAUGGAUCGCGUCCCCCCCAUCGCCUGCAGCAAGCCCAACUCCGGCUGUACCUCCGGCUGUACAGUCUUCAGCUACUCCAGGCCCUCCGCAGACGACUGUGCCGCAGCCAGCUAGCCAGACACCUGCCCCUCAACCAACUCCGCAUUCACUUCCCUCGAGUACCCACGGCCAACCUCAAACGGCGCCGGCUUCCUCGCCAUCAACACCGACUACUUUGCAUCCUCCAAACACUGCAAACCUUCCAGUUUUGCCAGUUGCUUCUCCCCCCUCCAGUCCAACUACCUCAAUAACCCCUGUCGCGCCAACACAGCUGCCCGGAAUAUUGACGGGUACCCCUCUUACACCCAAUGGUGCCCCCAUCCCCAGCAAUGUACCAACAAAGGCUUCCCCAAUCCACGCAGCCCUCACCGAUGGCCUGCUUUGGUCAGCCCUGUGGGCUAUGCUCUUGUUCAUGUUCGUCUCACUACUCACGUGGCAAGCCAAGUCCCUCGAUUGGCCGCUUGCCAAUCUUUCGAUUUCGACAGGCAUCUUCCUCUUGACAAUCCUCGCUAAGCUGACCGACUGGGCCCUUGACAGUCUGGGAAAUCUUGGGUGGGAGAAGCUGUACUGGGGACCCAUUCUUCACCGGAACGCAACUCUUUUGACCCAUCUCGUCAUGAAUUCUGGCCUUGCUGGAUGGUGGGUUGUUUUGCGAAAUCCCCCGAAAAACGGAUCUCCCUCGCCAUCUCGCAUCGUGAAUCUACUUCGGCGAGGCCUUUCGGCGCGAUGGCCCCAAUUUUGGGCGUUCUGGAGAAACACUACCCUUGACAAGUCCAUCUCCUGGGCGACCAGCGAAUGUCGCGUCUACCAAGCCGUGGACAGUGCCAUUCAAAUCUGCGCAAAGGAGAGCAACAAGGGCGGCUCUAUUCUCACCGGUAUUCGAGCCUGCGACCCAGGGAAGCUCGACGACGAAGGUGACUGCUCACUGAACCCUCAGUGGCCAGGGUGGGACUCUUUCGUUGCUUUUUCAUCCACGCUGGAUAUCUACCGCCUGAAUAUCAGCAUGGCCGCCGAUCGCCGAAGCAGCGCCAUCCUAGAGGUGACGGACAAAGGAAAGCCAACAAGGCAGGACAUCCACCCGAGCGAAUUCCUCGACGCAUUUGACAACCUGUUCUGCCCCUUUUCCCAGGGCAACUCGACCAUUUCAAGGUACUGCGAGACCGGCCAGGUGAGGUCUGAUGUCACACUUAACCUAUGGAUGUUCGUGUACUACAACUACCAGUCCGAGGGCUUCGAGAGCUCUAUAGCCGUCGACACGCUGCGCAAUAUCUAUGCCACAGCGCUAUUCCUCUACAACCCCGUUUUCCGCGGCGCUGUCUUCGCCCCCAACGCCCCUGCGUUUCUGCGCACGGCGCAGCAGGGCCUUGCCGACGAAAAUUACUUUCCUGGUACUCCCGCAAGGAGGUCGUCACACCUCGCGCCAGCGCCGUGGACGGUGUUGGCCUUUACAGUCUCCGUCGGAUUUCUCAUUUCAGCCUCGCUUCUGGCGAUUUUCUUCGCGCUAUGGUUCAAGCAGCCGCAGCUCUCGGCUUUUGGACCUCUCAACGCGUUCAAAGCCGAUCUCGUGCAGUUUGGACAGGCAGCAAGCCUGGACUUGGAUGCGCUGGUGACAGGCAUGACGGACAAAGAAGUUGCUCUGGCGGCGGAUGGCAUACGCGUCAGACCUAGAUAG